GCCCCCGCCCUACUCGGUGAUAGACGUUCUACCGCUUCCAAUCGGAGGCGCCCUUCGCGGGAGCGGCCAAUCGGGAGCUCCGGCAGGCGGGGAGGCCGGGCCAGUUAGAUUUGGAGGUUCAACUUCAACAUGGCCGAAGCAAGUAGCGCCAAUCUAGGCAGCGGCUGUGAGGAAAAAAGGCAUGAAGGGUCGUCUCCGGAAUCUGUGCCACCCGGCACUACCAUUUCGAGGGUGAAGCUCCUCGACACCAUGGUGGACACUUUUCUUCAGAAGCUGGUCGCCGCCGGCAGCUCUCCACUCCUUCAUUGGGACGGAAGUGCUGGUUCCCGCCUGCCCUCUGGUGGACAGUCUGUGAAACAGGCCUUCAGUUGGGCGGCGUGCAGGUUACCACAGGGGAGGAAGGAGGAAAUCUCUGACAUCAAAGAGGAGGGGAACCUAGAAGCUGUCUUGAAUGCCUUGGAUAAAAUUGUGGAAGAAGGCAAAGUCCGCAAAGAGCCAGCCUGCAACGGGACACCCUGCAGCGCCAUGUGCAGAAACAGGAGGCCGAGAACCAGCAGCUGGCAGAUGCCGUCCUGGCAGGGCGGAGGGAGGUGGAGGAGCUGCAGCUACAGGUCCAGGCCCGGCAGCAGGCCUGGCAGGCUCUACACAGAGAACAGAGGGAGCUGGUUGCUGUGCUGAGGGAGCCUGAGUGAGGAGACCGCCAGCCCCAGAAGCAGAGGGCAGUCAAGGUCAAGAGCCUGUGGUCCAGCAUGCCUGGCCUGGGCGGACUACCUCUGAGAACAGCUGAAAUGGUGCCCAGUCCAUCAGCAGUGAUGGAAUUUGCUGGAGGACUAGGCCAGAGCAAGCCUCACUGCCACUGUGCCUUUGGGGCACCCUUGGGGUUGGACAUACACCCCCUUUAGAUUCCUCUGUUUCUUCUACCUGGAUAAUUCUUGGCCAUGUUGUCUCUUCUCUAGGUUCAGGUCAGCUCUGCCCCUCCGCCCCCCUCCUGCUGGUUCCCCAGCCCUUUUCCCUGGGCCUGGCUUGGAGAAUCUGUUUUCAAUCUCCACUGAUUGCCCCCUUGCUGGCCAGCCCAGGGGCCUUUACCAUGUUCUCUCCACAUCCGUAAAUAAACUUCCUUCACUACA